AUGGCUACUUCGAAUGAAGGUCUAUCUUUUCGUUGCAAACGAGCACUUAUUAUUGGUAAUAAUAACUAUAGUCAACCAGAAAGCAAACUUCGUCACUGCAUCAAUGAUGCUAAUGAUCUUAGCAAGUUACUCAGCGCAAUUAAUUUCGAAGUGACAACAGAACCUGUUACAAUGAGUGGAAUGCAACAACAGCCAUCUGUAAUACCAUUUCAACUUAAUCAACAAUCAGAUACUUGUCAAAUACACACCACAACAUUUACACAAUCUCAAAUAGAUAGUUUUACAUCAAAAUGUCGAUUGUUUUUAUUAACUUUACUUCGAUUAACUGAAAAACAAGCACCAGAAAAAUUACCGAUAGUUCGAUCUUGCGUUCAAGACCUUUUGAAUGGUACUAUAGAUCCUGAAACCUUUGCUCAACGACUUGGUACACUGUUUACAUCUCAGCCACAUGAAUCAUUAGUUCCAUUUUUUAAAUUAGCGUUACCAUAUAUGCGUUGUAUUGUUCAAAAUACAUUUGGUCGUCCAAUAACUAUUGAAUUAUUAGAAAGACUUCAUUUACCAACAAGUAAUAAAAAUAAUACUAAUACAACAUAA